CCUAGACCAGAAAAAAGGAUGUAGAAGAAGAAGAAACUUGGGGACAAAUGUUCCUCUUGAAGACAAACCAUUUAUAUAUUGAUGCCAUUAAUGAGGACAAACACGCUCAGCUGGAGAUGCUUCUGUUUCUGUCCCUGCUGAUUGUCUGUGUGCCACUAGGGGGCGACACUACUCCAAUCAGCUGCUACAAUGACCAAGGAGAGGCUGUUGAUUGGUUCUAUAUGUACAAGCUGCCAAAGGAUGAACACAUAAAAUCUCCCACUGAGGGUGAGAUGUAUUUGUUGCUGGAGAGAGGGAGUAAAGGAUGGACUGAGGGGAAAACAACAGUGAACGACACUUUGGGAGCUCUGGGUCAGACCGUCGGGCAGCUGUACUCACAAGGAAAGAAUUCUGAAAUAGCGUACAUCCUUUACAACGACCAGAGCCCGACUGAGGAGUUCAAGAACAUUUGGGACAGAAGCGGAAGUAGAAGGGGGCACACAAAAGGUGUUGUCCUACUGGACAAAAAUCAGGGCUUCUGGUUGGUCCACAGCACCCCUCACUUCCCCCCUGAACGACAGGCAGGGCAGUUUUAUUACCCCAGCAGCGGCUUGAAUAACGGACAGAACUUCAUCUGUGUUACCUACCCGCUCGACCGUUUCCAGACCAUCGGAGAGCAGCUGCAGAUCAAUCAGCCUAAUGUGUAUGACUGCGACGUCCCGGAGUCCUUGACGUCCCUGGUGCCAGCACUGGCUGCCGUCUGUGAGAAAAAACAUCUGUCCAGUCCAAUCUUUCCACAUGUCAAAACUAUAUCCAAUCGCAGCGUGACACUGACCUCAAAAGACGGGACUGACUUCAUCAGCUUUGCCAAAGGAGCCUCAUUUGACAAUGAUCUCUAUCAUUCAUGGGUGGCCCCCGCCCUUCAGUCAGACCUCCUGGUUCAGUUCUGGGUUCGCUCCACAGGCAUCCUCCCUUCUGACUGCUCGCUGGGCUGGAAGGUCCUGGACAUCACGCUCAUCAACCCAGGGCAGACGUUCACCUUCAAAGCCACCCAGGACCACUCCAAGUGGGCAGUCAGCCCCACUGCCGCAGGGCAAGGGUCGGGAGGAGGCUGGGUGUGUGUGGGAGAUAUAAACCGGAAUGAGGCAGAGGAGAAGCGGGGCGGAGGCACAGUGUGUUUGCAAGAUCCGGUGGUGUGGAAGGCUUACCGGACGGCAGUGCUGCAGUGUGAGGCGUGUGGAGGAGAAACUAUCGAGUGUCAAAGCACUGCAGAAGCCUGAUUACAUGCUUUUAAAAAAGAUUCCUUUUCUCAGCACAAUCGCAUCCCCAGCACAAUUAACAGGCUUCUGGUGGCCUGCUGCCUCAUGAAUAUCGAAUCCUGAUCAUUAAAGUAGUAAUUUAAGGGUGUUUGCAGAAUUAAAAAAAAAAGAUAAAUUUGUUUUCUUGUGAUUAUGUAACAAAAAUCACGUGAAGCUAUAAUUUCAUGCAUUUGUCCCCAUUUCUUUACACUCUUCCAUGCACAUUUGCAUACAGGUGACUUUCAUUCCGGUUAAACAUUUUAUUUAUUCCAUUAAUAAACAAGUGGAAAAAACACCCUGAGAAAUUCUUCAAAGAUUAAUGUGAAAGCUGCUAGCUAGUAUACAACAUGGACCCAUACUUCAAACUAUUUUUAAAUGUUUUAUGAGGAAGAAAACAAAUCAAAUUUUCUUAACCUUAUAAAAAUGUGUAUGAGCCCUCAUUUCAUGGAUGCACCGAUACUAUGUAUGUGUACUUGUACUCUGUAUUCAUUAAUAUGUUCUAAUAGUACAGAGUCCAAUACAAAUGUGGAAAAUCUAGGCAUGUAGAAAUUAACAAAUUAAUGCAAAGGGAUUCAUUAAUAAUUUUUAUCCAGAAACAAAAGUUAUUACAGGUGCUAUUUUAAAAAAUCUGAAUUUGGAGUUAUCUUGGAGAGAGAAGCUGAUUUUGGCAAUGUAGAUGCCUUGUCACAGCUGUAAACAUAAUCCAACAAAAAACCAAUUUAUCCUCCUUAUUUAUAAAGAUUCUGACAGUUUUAAGCCGUAUAUGAUGGCUGCAGGAUUACCCCCGUUGAUCACACAGUUAACUCCUCAGUUGUCUCCUCGGGCAUUCUGGUCCACACUUCUUACCAGUGAACUGUAAUAAGAUCUUUUAGUACUGAUGUUGGUACUUGGUAUCAUAAAGAACUCAUGGAAGUUCUUGUACUGAAAAAUGUGGUAUUAUUGAAUCCCUAUUUCAUUUACAAGAAAACUCAAAUUCUUUUCUUAAAUCGUGACUGCCACUAAUCUGUCUUUUUUAAAACAGAUUAGAGUAGCUGUAACUAAACAGCACUUUAGUACACUUUAGUGCACAGCCUGGGAUGCAUGUACGACUGCAUUUCACUUCCAUCUUGCAUGUGCAUAUAACUUGAAACUUGAAACAGUUAAGAGCUUGUGAUUUUAGCAUGUGAUGCUACAUUUAUUGCCAAGUUCUGCACAGAAUUAGUGAAUAAAGAAAAAAACGUCUCUCAAAUGUAGAAAAUAAGGAGCACUUUACUGACGUUAAGGACCUGAUUGAGAAACGGUUUUCUUGGCCUUUAAGCCAAACAAACAACUUGUUAAUUUGCAUGUUCGGUUUGGCUCUGGCAGUUGUCAGGGGCCGUUUUAUUCUGCUCUUUAUAUUAAUGCACAGAGAACAGUGCUGGAGGAGGAUGAAUAGUUGAAUGUGACAGGAAAUUGGGAGGGUGGGUAGGGGGGUUGUGAGUUGUGAGAAACGUGUUCAUUUUGAAAUGCACAAAACCCCCAGAAGUGCCACUUACACAUGAAAGUGUUGGUUCAAGUGCCUUUACAGCUACUGGGGGCUGUUUCAGCUGCAGCUGAAGAGACUUGGUUACAGACUGAAAGAGUGCUGCAUCAGUAAAUCUGACUUUUUCUGUCUCAGUCAACAUUAGCUGGUAUUGGGGGGCGGGUUCUCUGGGAGGGUAUCGAGCCUUGGCAGUUCGAAGGGAACUGGAUUUUAUAGGCAUUUCACUUAUAUGAACAGUCUUGCAUUAAUUCCUCUCAGGGAUGUUUGGUUCACACACAUUUCACAGAUGAUAAAAUAAAGAGACUGACAGGGUUCAGGUGUGGGGAAUGCUUUAAUACUUCAAUGUUUGAGUUAAUAAAUGGGUUGCAAAACUUUCUUUGGACCAUUUAUGUCCUUUUCCCACACUUUUUAUGUGCUUUGGAUUUGUACUUGCAUCACUUUUCCACAUUCUGACCUUGAUUUUGCUUGGAGACAAAGAUGCUGGUUGUCUUGAAUGUGAAUAAAAUGACUACUACAAAGAUG